AUGAUGUUCAGAUACUCUAUACUGGCAGUGUCAUUUGCUGCCCUGUUUUACUACUACAGAACUACGAUGCAUGUCAAAUUUAAUCUCAAAUACUGUCAGGACAAAAUCGAAGAUAUGCUAUUGACAACAUGGAACGAUUACUCUAAAAAUGGGUUCGGUUUCGACAUUUACAGUCCUAUCUCUCAUCGUUCAAAAAACAUGCCCAGAACCAAUGAGCCAUUAGGUUGGAUAAAUAUUGACUCUAUAGACACUUUGAUGCUCUUUUACAGCUCGACUAACAAUUCCGGCACAAAAUUAAAGUUAGAGGCAGAAAUUAUUAAGAUUGAAAAUUGGAUAACCAAGGACAUUCACUAUAAGGAUAUUGAUGCUGAAAUUAACAUAUUUGAAACCACGAUUAGAAUGCUGGGGGGGUUACUAUCGGCAUAUUAUCUGUCAAAUGAAUUCCAAGUUGGAAACUCCUCCUUGUAUCUAAACAAGGCUACCGAACUGGCGGAUAUCCUAUCUUUAUCAUUUGGACAAUCACCUUCUGGUAUACCAUUUUCAAGUAUCAAUCUGAAGACCGGUAACGCUAUUAAGAACCAUGCAGAUCAAGGAGCGUCAUCUACUGCAGAAUUUACCACCUUGCAAAUGGAGUUUAAAUACCUGUCAGCCAUAACAGGUAAUGACACUUACUGGAAAUUAGCUGAACAAGUUUAUAAACCACUGUAUGAACAAAACAACCUUCUAGGUCCAAGAUACGAUGGGCUUGUGCCCAUUUAUACAUUCGCAGACUCUGGUAAGUUUUUCACUUCAAAUAUUAGAUUAGGUUCAAGAGGUGAUUCAUUCUACGAAUAUCUAUUGAAGCAGUAUCUACUAACACAUGAGCCACUGUAUUACCAGCUAUAUCGUCAAUCUAUGGAAGGUGUAAAGAAACAUCUAGUGCAUUACUCGUACCCAAACAAGUGGCUGUACAUUGCAGAGAAACCAAAUGGAUUAACUGGUAGAAUAUCCCCGAAAAUGGACCAUCUGGUGUGCUUUAUGGGUGGUCUAUUGGCAAUGGGUGCCACAGAGGGGCUUCAUAUAAGCGAAGCACGCAAGCAGACAUGGUGGGAUUCUGUGAGAGAAGAAGAUUGGCAGAUAGCAAAGGAUUUAACACAUACUUGUUAUCAAAUGUAUCACCAACUGCCAUCUGGACUAUCACCAGAAAUCGUUGUUUUCAAUGGCGACGAAUUAGAAGAGCAUGAAACGAGAGAUUGGUGGAAGGCACCAUCUGGCGAUUUUUAUGUGAAACCCUUGGAUGCUCAUAAUUUACAAAGACCUGAAACUGUAGAAUCGAUAAUGAUCUUGUAUCAUUUAACCGGGAAUCAGAAAUAUCGUGAAUGGGGACAAGAAAUCAUGGAAAGUUUUGAUAAGAAUACGUGUGUUCACUGCGAUGAUCCAAGUAGAAAAUUUUACACUUCUUUGAACAACUGUAUUGAAAUGCCCACAGAUAAGAGGGACAAUUUAGAAAGUUUUUGGAUUGCAGAAACAUUGAAGUAUCUUCACUUACUUUUCCAAGACGAUGUUGAUAUGACUAAGUUUGUUUUCAACACAGAGGCUCAUCCAUUCCCAGUACUAGACAAGGUAGUAUUGGAUUCACUGAAAUUAGUCACUGGCUGGUCUUUAUAG